GAGCUUGCUAUAUAACAGGGGACAUGCAAAUAAGGCCCUCUCUCUGCUGAUGAAAACCAGCCCAGCCCUCACCCUGCAGCUCUGGGAGAGGAGCCCCAGCCCCAGCAAUCUCAGGUGUCCCCAUUUGGUGAUCAGGACUGAACACAGAGACACCAUGGAGUCUGGGCUCUGCUGGGUUUUUCUUGUUGCUCUAUUACAAGGUGUCCAGUGUGAGGUGCAGCUGGUGGAGUCUGGGGGAGGCCUGGUCCAGCCUGGGGGGUCCCUGAGACUCUCCUGUGCAGCCUCUGGAUUCACCUUUGAUGACUAUGGCAUGAACUGGGUCCGCCAGGCUCCAGGGAAGGGGCUGGAGUGGGUCUCUUAUAUUAGCUGGAAUGGUGGUAGCACAUACUACGCAGACGCUGUGAAGGGCCGGUUCACCAUCUCCAGAGACAACAGCAAGAACAUGCUGUAUCUGCAAAUGAACAGUCUGAGAGCCCAGGACACGGCCGUGUACUACUGUGCAAGAGACACAGUGAAGGGAUGCCAUUGUGAACCCAGACACAAACCUCCUGUGGGAUCUCGCAGGGCCACCAGGGGGCAGGCAGGAGACAGGAAGAAGAGUCAGCCAAGGGCAAGUGCUGAUGAAGGUUCAGCUGGUGCAGCAGGUGCAGUCUGUGCAGAGGUGAAAAGGCCUGGGGAGUCCCUGACAAUCUCCUGUAAGGCACCUGGCUACAGCUUUGUCAGCUACCGCAUCAGCUGUCUGUGCCAGGUGCCUGGGAAGGACCUGGAGUGGGUGGGGAUGAUCUGUUCUAGUAACUUAGAUACCCACUGCAGCCCUUCCAUCCAAGGUCAUGUCACCAUCUCCAUCGGCACUGCCAAGCUGCAGUGGAGCAUCCUGAAGGUCUUGGACGUGCCUGUGCUCUGUUAUAAAGUGGAGGAUGUGGUCUCUGUGUCUAAAUCCCAGGGCUCAGGCUCUUUUACCUGGAGCUCAGGUGUGGCCCAGGCUGUUGCUCCUGUGGGACCUGAGAAAGAUUGA